AUGUCUAGUUACGACACGCAACUCCAUGACUUUGGGUCUCUGUUUUCUCUAAAGGGGAAGAUCGCGGUGGUUACUGGGGGAUCGAGAGGAUUGGGAUUACAUGCUGCUUCUGCUUUCCUCCAAGCUGGCUGCUCUCUCGUCUACAUCACGUCCCGUAAAGCUUCCGCCUGCGAAGCCGCUGUCGCAACUCUCAAUUCCCUUCCCAAUCUCUCUCCGGGUGCAAAAGCCGUUUCCGUCCCCGCAGAUAUAUCAACUAUCGAAGGUAUCCAGCAUUUGGUAUCCGAAGUCUCCAAAACCACAGAUCAUAUCGAUAUCUUGUUCGCAAACGCGGGAGCCACGUGGGGAGAAAAAUUCGAUACCCAUCCCGAUGAUGCGUUUGCGAAAGUAAUGAAUUUAAACGUCAAGAGUGUUUUUGGAACGGUGAGAUUAUUCGCACCUCUCCUUCAAGCACGCGCCAGCGCUUCAGAACCCUCCCGUGUAAUUGUAACAGCCUCCAUCGCCGGCCUCGCCGUCGCUCUCCCAGGUCCCAACUCUGCAAUCGGGUAUUCGGCCUCUAAAGCUGCGGCAAUCCAUCUCACCAAAAAUCUCGCUGUCGAACUCGGUCCCCGUCAUAUUCUUUGCAAUGCCAUUUCUCCCGGAUUCUUUCCAUCGAAAAUGGCCAAUGCGCUUAUGGAGUCUAAAGGGGGAGCUGCGAAGCUGGCUAAAGCAGUGCCGGAUAGGAGAUUGGGAAAACCGGAAGAUAUUGCUGGCGCGGUGGUUUUCUUGGCUAGUAGGGCAGGAAGUCAUGUUAAUGGGGCUAACUUGGUGGUUGAUGGGGGGGAGGUGUUAAGUAGAGGUGAAGCGAUUGACGAGGGUGGGGAGAAAGCGAAACUUUAG